AUGGCCGCGCCCGCCGGCCCCGUUAGCCGCCGCCCUCCCCUGCUGAUCCUCCCAGCGGCCCAGCCUCCGCCGCCCUCCCGGCCCUCCCCGCAACUCCCGACCCCUCAGGCCGCCGGCCUCCACUGGACCUCGCUCCUCUUGGCCGGCCCCUCAGGCCUUGCCGGGCCUCUCGGCCAUUCCCACCCUCCGCAGUCCUCCCGGCUCUCCGCGAGCCGCGCCGCCGAGCCGUGGGUGCGUGGGCGCGCGGGCGCGGGGCUGGAGCUGGGUUGGCGGGGUGGGCCUCACGCGCGGUCCCGGGGUCCUUUCUACCUUCCCCGCCGCCCCGGACCCGCGCUACUGAGCCGGCCCGAGGGUCCGGAACAACCUGGCAGGGGGACAGGCCCGCGAGGAGUGUCUCCAGGGCGCGAGGGUCCCGCCGGCGCGGGGUGGGCAGGCAGGCCUCGCAGCUCCUCACUGCCCGGGGACGCGUCCAGGUCAGGCUGCGGGUGCCCCGCCGCAGCGGGCGGGCGGGCCGGCGCGCUCAGGGUGCAGCUCCGGGAGACAGCUCGGUGCGACGAGGACGGCGGGCGGGUGUGGUGGACCCGGACACGGAGAAUGGCAGAGGUAGUGCGGACACUGGCUGAAGUGAGGGCGGGCGCUCACGCCUCCUUCCAGAACACUCGCUGAACCAGGCGCCUAAGUGGGAGCGCUAGCAGGGCCGGCGGUACUGGAGCAGAGAAAAGCCAGGCAAGCUAGCGCAGUUUGGUCGAACCGUAAGGAGAGACCCGCGGGAACCUGAAGGAAGCCACGGGGCGACGGAGACCUCCAGGCCCCGCCCCAGCUCACCCACGUCUGGCUGGUUGGUCUCCGCAACUCAGGGUCUCUCCGAGGGACGAAAGCGGUGUCUGGCAGGCCGGGAAGACCCACAACCUUCACCAUUCCGCCGCAACUUCCUCCUGCCGGCCCCAGCCCCCACUCUACCCGGACUGCCCCAGGGUCGGGGACCACCCAGGGCAUGUCCUGCGCUUGGCGCUGCCCACUCCGGCUUUGGAGUGACAUUGUAAAGACACGUUGUUUUGUGUGCUAAAGUAGCAUUUCUUGUUCUAAUUAUGAAAAUGGCAGGAUAUUAAAACCCACAACUGCCUAAGGAAGAAAAUAAACCUUCUUGAGCCCUGUG